AUGGUCAACAAUAAAUGCAUCUUCAUUGCCAUCAAGCCUCAUGGGAUGCAGUGCAACUUCGUGGGAGAGAUCAUCAAGCCUUUUGAGCAAAAGGGAUUCUGCCUCAUUGCUAUGAAAUUAAUUCAGGCUUCUGAAGACCUUCUCAAGGAGCACUAUAUUGACCUGAAGGACUGUCCAUUCUUUGCUAGCUUGGUGAAGUCCAUGCAAUCAGGGCCUGGGGUUUCCAUGGUCUGGGAGGGCCUAAAGGUGAUGAAGACAGGCCGAGUGAUGCUCAGGGGGACCAAACCUAUGAACUCCAGGCCUGGGACUAUCCAUGGGGACUUUUGCAUCCAAGUUGGCAGGAACAUUACCCAUUGCAGCGACUCUGUGGAGAGUGCAGAGAAGGAGAUGGGCUUGUAG